UAGCAUCUUGUCAUUGUGUUACGCGGAUCAGUUCUAGAAAGUUCCACGAGAGCGUAAUAGGCGCUUGCGAUUACCUGGCCGUUUUCGUGUGUGACGCGUAGUGUUGAAAAUCUACUUUCUAUCGAUCGUAUAGGUAAAUUUUUCGCAUCUUCGAACAUCCUAAAGCAUCCCGCAAAAAUGUCGUUGUUUGGAUCGUUCAUGGGCGAUGAUGAUAUCUUCAACAUCUUUGGAUCAUCCAUGCAUAAUACUAUGAGGCAAAUGAACACCAUGAUGAACUCCAUGUUCACUGAUCCGUUUGAUAUGAUGAGACCAAAUGCUCUUAUGCCUCAUUAUGGUAGAGGACUUCACAAUGAUAUGCCAGUUUCCCUGUUUGAUCCUCAUUUUGGCAGAUUUGAUUUUAACAACAUGACAAGUAAUGGAAACAUGGGUCAUUCAUUCAUGAGCCAAUCUGUGAUGACCAUGUCUAGUGGUCCCGAUGGUCGGCCACAAGUUUAUCAGGAAACCAUGUCUACAAGAACGGCACCUGGUGGCAUAAAGGAAACUAAACAGACAGUAAGCGAUUCUCGUACUGGAACCAGGAAAAUGGCUAUUGGUCAUCAUAUUGGUGAAAGAGCACAUAUCCUUGAAAGAGAGCGAAAUUUGCAUAAUGGCGAUGAAGAAGAACGACAGGAAUUUAUUAAUCUUGAUGAAGAAGAAGCAGAGAGUUUCAAUCGCGAAUGGGAAACACGUACUCGUCGUGUUCCUGCUGCAAUUGAUGGUGCAAGGUCAGGUGCAAGUAACGUGAGAGUUAAUCCGGAACGAAGGCAAUUAGCUUUACCAUCUACCACAGAUAUACCAGCAAGUCGACAUUCUAAUAGAAGUACAAGAUUCAGGGUACCUUCCUCUAGACGUGCUAUAAGGUCCUUAAAUCAUUUAAAAAGUACAUCUCCUUCUUCAAGGUCCAGCCGCAAAUAUUAAUAAAUUAAAAGCAUAGUAUACACCAGUGACGCUUAUGCAACCUACAAAUCUCCAGAACCCGCAGCAGCGUCUUCGAGAACCGAAACAUUACCGACAUCAUCGCUGUCUACGCCAGGAUCACGAAAACGCGAACAUAAGCCGGAUAGACAAGUUAGUAAUAAGCGUCACGCUGUUCCCGCUAGUGACAACUAGAAUCUCAAACUACUCUAUCCGUAACAUACUUUACUCUAUCCCUAUUACGCGAAACCUCAUAUAACGAGGCUUAUCUUGAACAGACUAGAAAUCUAUUUUCUUUCAUAAUCGUUCAUAAAUGUUCUAAGAAAAUUGUACGAUUAUUUUUUCUAAAAAUUGUUAUCUCACACUUCGCUCACAAGAAGUAUUAUUAUUUUAAUACAACUAUUUAAACCGAGUGUACGGUAAAGCUCAGUAAUGUUCUUUCUUUUCUUUUGUACAUGAAUAAUUUAUUCAAAUAUUAUAUCUGUAGAUUAAUCUCAGUUAUAUAUGUUGAAAUUAUUAAAGAAAUAAACUUUUAAAAUAUA